AUGAUAUUGAUCAUUAUUUUCGCCCUCUUCGUCCUCACCUAUAUCAUAUAUCACCGUGUCAUAUACCCUUACUUCAUUUCCCCACUAUCAUCCAUCCCCAAUGCCCACCUCACUUCCCCCAUAACCAGCUACUGGAUUGAGCACAAGCGUAGCACAAGGACCGAAGUCCUCGCCAUCUACGCUCUGCACCAAAAGCACGGCCCCGUCGUUCGUCUCGGCCCCAAGGAGCUUAGCGUCAAUUCUCUCCAUGGUCUAAAGGUCAUAUAUACGGGCGCCUUCGAGAAACAUGCUUUCUAUAACGAUGUUUUUGUCAACUUCAAUACUGAAAACUUGGUCGGCAUGGUCCACAACGCGCCGCACGCGCACCAGAAGCGCAUGCUGAGCAAGACCUACUCUAAGUCGUUUCUUCAGGAAUCCAGUGAUAUGCGCGCUAUCUCAAAGGUUCUGCUGUGGGAGAGGUUGAUGCCUAUUCUCGAGAAAGCCGGGGAGCGUGGAGAGGUGUUGAACGUGCUGCCCCUAUUCCAGGCUCUAGGAAUGGACUUUAUAUCCUCUUUCCUGUUUGGAUUAAGACAAGGGACGAGCUAUAUGUUUAGUAUUCCCGAAUGGAAGGUGUGGCUAGAGGAGUAUGAGCGAUUUAAGUUUAUGAGUCGAGACGACCGGUACAUGGGGUUCAUUGAGAAGUGGUGCUUGGGGCUAUGCGAGCGAGCAGAAGCGUCUAAGAACGAAGACGUUUUCAGCGAUGAGAAGCUGCCAUCCACGAGCCCAGUCGUCUACAACCAGCUACAUGAAAGCCUUCUCGCCCAGAAAGCAUCCGAUCCGCGUCCCCUGAACCUGGUAAUUGCGUCCGAACUGCUGGACCACCUGGUUGCAGGCCAUGAAACAUCAGGCAUCACCUUCACGUACAUGAUGUGGGAGCUGUCGCAGCAUCCAGAGCUGCAGGCCGAGCUGCAAAAGGAGCUACGUACCUUAUCUCCGUCCCUCCGGUUCUCAGCAACGAAGGAGAGGCCCCUCCCCUCUGCGUCCGCGAUCAACGCCCUCCCCUGGCUGGACGCGAUGGUCCGAGAGACCCUCCGUCUUCACUCCCCAGCACCGGCCCAGCUCCCCCGUGUCACUCCCAUCACACAAAAAGGAACGUCCCUGCACGGGUACAAUAAUAUCCCCGGCGGCGUGAGGGUCAGUUCAACUGCUUACUCCCUCCACCGUAUCAGCGAUGUCUACCCACGCCCGCUGCAUUGGCUGCCGGCUCGAUGGCUUGAGACAGGCGAGAAGAUACACAACAUGAGGCGGCUUUUCUGGCCGUUCGGGAGUGGUGGACGUAUGUGUCUGGGCAGUAAUUUCGCUUUGCAAGAAAUCAAACUGGUCAUGGCGGCGGUGUAUUCGAACUAUACGACGGUCAUUGUAGACGACGAGGGCAUUGAGCAGGACUAUGCGUUUAUUGCGCUGCCGCGUGGGCGGAAGUUGAUGUUGAGGUUUAUACCGAUUGAUGAAUGA